ACGACGGGAGCAGAGGAGGUGCUGCUUUGCCACGUCGGUCUCUGUGCAGCGCACUCACACUGUUGCUCCUCCAGCCCAGCACUAACUUUCAGAGCCGUUUUAUGUUUCCAGAGGAGGAGAGAGCGACCCCCCAGCGUCGCCGUUGCCGUUGUAAGUCGUCGCCACGGCCGCAUAGUGUUGGAUAUUGAAGCUGGGAGGUGGAGAAAUGCCCGUUGCUGUCUGGACUCGUCACACAACUGACUGAUGCAUCCUCGCUCGGCUCAGUUCAGCCCUCCGCAUGUUGUCGAUGUUGUUGACCUUGAAGUACAUGGUGGGUUUUUGAGAGGAACGGUAACUGGCGACCAUGCCAGGAGGCCGCAGGGGUCCCAGCAGACAGCAGCUAAGUCGCUCCUCUCUGCCGUCCCUGCAGACUCUGGUCGGAGGCAGCGUCAGCAAUGGCACGGGCCUCAGGAACAGAAGCAGUAACUCGGUGGGUCUUUCUGCUCCGCCUAUUUCUACUCUCAUCACUCCGGAGCCGGUCCGUCACUCGCGGAUCCCCGAGCUGCCGUUGGACAGCAGCUUCCUGUUUGAGUUCCUGCUCUUUCUCUACCUGUUGGUUGCUUUGUUCGUCCAGUACAUCAACAUCUACAGGACGGUGUGGUGGUACCCCUACAGUCACCCGGCUGCCUCUACCUCACUUAACUUUCAUCUAAUGGACUACCACCUGGCUAUCUUCAUCACUGUUAUGUUAGCCAGGAGGCUUGUUUGGACCAUUGUGUCAGAGGUGUCUCAGAGCAGUGGAGGGUCCCUGUUCCGCUACAUAGUACUUAUUACUGCCCGGCUCAGCCUGCUGACCAUGUGCGGCUGGGUGCUCUGCUGGACGCUGGUCAACCUGUGCAGGAACCACUCUGUCCUUAACCUUUUGUUCCUGGGAUACCCAUUCGGCGUGUACGUCCCACUCUGCUGCUUCCAUCAGGAAGGAGGGAAAAGCCAAGCGCCGGGAUCUGACUGCGAAUACCCCUCCGAACACCAGCAGGCCGACCUCGCAGAGACCCAGCUCUUCCGACCUCGCGACUUCCUCUUCCUGUUGCGGGAGAACAUCAGAGAACAGUUCUCCAGCCCCCCACACAUGCCCACUCACACCUGCCCGCAGCACAUACACUCGGACACGCCCGAGCUGAUUCGAGCAGAGGUGGAGGAGCUGAAAAGCGACUUUAACCGGCGGAUCAAAGAAGUGCUAUUCAACUCACUGUUCAGUGCUUACUAUGUAGCCUUCUUGCCUCUCUGCUUUGUCAAGAGUACACAGUACUACGACAUGCGCUGGUCUUGUGAGCAUCUGAUUAUGGUGUGGAUCAACGCCUUUGUGAUGCUGAUGAGCCAACUGCUGCCUCCCAGCUACUGCGACUUGCUCCAUCGCUCGGCGGCUCACCUGGGCCGCUGGCAGAAACUGGAGCCCGGUUCAUACAGUAACACACCUCAGCAUGUGUGGUCAGAAAGCACUGUUUGGCCCCAGGGGGUGUUGGUACGACACAGUCGAUGUCUAUAUAAAGCUGUUGGAUCCUAUAAUGUUGCGCUUCCCUCUGAUGUUUCCCAUUCAAGGUUUUAUUUCCUGUUUCAUAAGCCAUUGCGGAUCUUAAACCUGCUGAUCGGGAUCGAGUCCAGCGUGGUUUUGUACCAGUUAUACUCUCUGCUGCGCUCUGAGCGCUGGAACCACACGCUGUCCCUGGGGCUUAUUCUGCUCUGCAACUAUUACGUGCUUUUUAAACUUCUUCGAGAUCGCAUAGUGUUGGGCAAAGCCUACUCCUACCCUCUGUCCUCCAACAGUUCGGGGCUCAAGUCGCAGUAAAGGACAGCAAAACCUCACCUACAAACUCUGGAUGUGGAGCUGUGGGCCGGAGGGGGUGCAGACUGUGAACUCAAUAACUGUGUUUUUGAUACGGUUCUAUUUUUAAUGCGAUGUUUGUAUAUGCCUAUUUAAAAGAAUAUUUUUAUUUUGUAUACUAUUUCGUGUUACACCGGGCAUUACCGCUCUGACAUUAGCAUGUUGUUACGUUGUUGCCAGACGACGGGGAAGUCGGGGAAUGCCUGGGGGUGACUUUCACCAAAGAUACUUCAAGUGCAAGCGGCCACUCACACAUCAGAUGUGGCCCUAAACUGUUAAUAAAGUGGGGAACUCGAGAUGAGAGGAAGGAUUUGUGCCUGAGAUCCAGAUUGUUGUUGUUUCUUCUUGUUAUUAUUAUUUGCUUCAACCCAGACUCUUUUCUCUGCAGGCAGCCAGUGUUUUGGGAGGCAACAGGUUUGAUCAUUUCAGCAUCAAUGCUGCAAUUUGUGACAACCCUUAGAUUCUGCUUUUAAAAUAGUUUGUAAUUUUGUACCAAAUGUUCUCAUUGGCAGAGUUGGAUGGGAAAGGUCACUUAUUUUGUUUUGGGAUCAUAACUAAAUUCCUUAGUAUAAUCAAAAUAAAGCUGAAGUAUGCAGCUGUAAUGUGGGCUCUGCUGGCUUUUUCAUGUUUUAUUUGAAUAACUCACCCAUACAAACAUGAGUGACUUUUUAUCCGACUAUACCCAAAAAUAUAUAAAUUUCAAAAUGACAAACUAUUUCUAAAGCAGAUUUUUUUAGUAGUUUUGUUUGGUUUUGUCAGCAAUAUCAAACUAAGUACAACUGGAGGAAAACUGAUCCUAGAAGUCUACAAAAAAAGCUAAUUUGAUUAAACUGCGCUAAAUGUUUGUUUCCCCUCUCUUCACAUCAGCUACAGCUCCACCUGUGGCCAAACCGUAGCGCUCGCAUGUACCGUCAACAGGUGCAUUAUUUAGUUCAAAGCUCUGACAGAUGGCCGACCUAAAUUUGACCUGCUAAAUUCAACUUUCUGUGACAGUGUAGGUUUCUGUUUCAUAGGUUGAUUCCACAACACUUUAACUCCUGAAUGGGAAUUAAAUGGGAGGAUGGUACAACUUGUAACGGUAAAACGUCCAGUUUAGCUGUUUUGUUGGGUUAGAGUGGAGAAAAUGAAGAGAACGUGGCGAAUAAAGAGAUGUUCUUGGCUGUCCCAGCGCCUGGUUUCCACUGCAACAUGAAAAAGCUGUCUUCACACACUGAUCUGAAGAAGCUACUGUUGGGUUGGGGGGAAAGCCAAAGUGAAAGCUGGCAGGAAAUGCAUUUCUAACAUUUCCAGUUCCUAUAUGCAAAGUUUCCAAACAAAGGUCACUUUUUGUUUCGUCUCACUCAUUGAGCAGCCUCAUGUUCUUUGUUGCCUUUUCUGUUUGAGCUCCGUCGCUACCACCUUCGUUAGUUUCAGCAUUGAGAGAAAUGAAACUCCUGAAUCUUCGGUUAAACUUAAUGAGAAAUACAAGUGCCAGUUUUCUUCUUAGGUUUGCUCUUCGGUGCUUUAUGCGUUUCACAUUUUUCACACGAAUGUAGUAAAUAUCACCAACGAAAUGGUUCUGUUGAGAUUGCAUGUUUGUGUAGCUGAUUCCAACCAGCCUUAAGAGUACGGUGAUUUGAAAUAUUGGUUUUGAAUGUUGUGGUUCUCCCGUCUUUUCACUCGCCCAUAACUGAGUAACAUUGCUUAAGGGUUUUAGGUUCUGCAUCUGUUUAGUUUACUUCAAUGCUCUAUCUUUACUCCUUUCCAAUUGGCAACUCCAAAGUAGGUCGAAAAAAGAAAAAGCGAUCAGUCUGUAUGUUGACAGAUUACAUGUUGACCUUUUGAUCCCAUUGCUGUGAAAUGUAUUUGAUCUUAUAUGAAUUUACAUAAAAUUUUACAAAAUGAUAAUGCGACUCAAUUGUUUCAAACUGAAAAUAAGACUUGGGGGAGGGGGGUUCUGUUUUGGUUUCAGUGUGCCAAAUCCCAGGAUCCAGGUUCAGAUUCCUGUUUAUUCAGCGCGUCACCGAUGGUGAAGUUAUAGGACCCGAUCCUCAUAUCUCAGCUUUUGACAAUAUUCAGCUUCUGCAAAUCAUUUCUGGAUAUUCUGACACCUGAAAUAAAGUAAUUAUGUUCAAACUA